CAUCAUCCCUCUAUGAUGCGCGGCGCUCUGUACGACAGCCUCCCAGUUCUUUAUGGCGGCCUGGGUUGGGCAGCGCACUCUUCAGCCGCCUACGGUGGGGAGCGCGCUGCCCCUCCGCACGCUCCCGCUGCGCGGCGCCCCGCCCACGGCCCCGGCACAAUAGACGAGAGCCUCACGCAGGGAGCGCUCUAUGGCGGCGGGCAGAGUGCCGCCCUCUCUCUAUGGUCCGGCCCCGCCUCGGGGCGGGCCGCCGCGCCGUCGGGGCGCGGAGCCGCUCGCCGCGGUGUCCCGGCGCCGGCGGCUGCCAGGAUGUGGUGCUGGAGGCUGACGAGUCUGUUCAACGUGCCGUGCCGGCUGAGUAGAAGCACUGGCCGUCGCUCAGCAUGGCUGCCUGGUUACAGGAAGAUCUUUGCUGCUGCUGCAGCUCGCUGGCAUCACACAGCCCCAGAGUCUCUGAGUUGUGCCUGGCAGUUACAUGGUGAUCACUUAGAGCUCAGGUAUGCGAACACACUGAUGCGCUUUGAUUUUGUUUGGCUGCGGGACCACUGCCGUUCAGCUUCCUGCUACAACACCAAAACGAACCAGCGCAGCUUGGAUACAGCUAGUGUGGAUCUGGGCAUCAAACCCAAGGCUGUCCGAGUGGAUGAGACCACACUCUUUGUCACGUGGCCAGAUGGGCAUGUGACACGGUAUGGGCUGGAGUGGCUGGUGAAGAACAGCUACGAGGGGCAGAAGCAGCAGGUCAUGCACCCACGGAUUCUCUGGAAUGCAGAAAUCUACCGGCAAGCCCAGAUCCCAUCCGUCGACUGUCGGAGUUUCCUGGAGACAGAUGAGGGGCUGAAGGAGUUCCUGCGAAACUUUCUGUUAUAUGGGAUUGCUUUUGUAGAAAACGUCACUCCUACCAAAGAGGACACACAAAUCUUAGCAGAGAGGAUCAGCUUGAUCAGGGAGACCAUUUACGGUAGAAUGUGGUACUUUACCUCCGACUUCUCUCGGGGAGACACCGCCUACACCAAGUUGGCUCUGGAUCGUCACACUGACACUACCUACUUCCAGGAGCCCUGUGGCAUCCAAGUGUUUCACUGCCUCAAGCAUGAAGGGACAGGUGGGCGGACACUGCUGGUGGAUGGUUUCUAUGCAGCGGAGCAGGUUCUCCAGCAAGCCCCUGAUCAAUUUGAGCUGCUCAGCAAGGUGCCGUUGAAGCAUGAGUACAUUGAGAAUGUGGGAGGCUGUCACAACCACAUGAUCGGAGUUGGGCCAGUCCUCAAUGUCUAUCCCUGGAACAACGAGCUUUAUCUGAUCAGAUACAAUAACUACGACCGUGCAGUCAUCAACACAGUGCCUUAUGAUGUUGUGCAUCGCUGGUACACUGCUCAUCGCACACUCACUGCCGAACUCAGAAGGCCGGAAAAUGAGCUGUGGGUCAAGCUAAAGCCAGGCAAGGCUCUGUUCAUAGAUAACUGGCGCGUCCUGCAUGGACGGGAAGCGUUCACAGGAUAUCGUCAGCUCUGUGGCUGCUACCUGACAAGAGAUGAUGUGCUGAACACCGCACGCUUACUGGGACUGCAAGCUUAGCCCAAACUACCUGCUGUGGAGAGGCAGUCAGACUUCCAGCACUGCUGUGCUGGUGCAUUACCACAACAGAAACGUACAUACCUCAAACACCUCCACCCUCUCCAAGCAGUUCUCUGUGCCUAGUCAGGAGAGGGAGCAGGUGGAAGCCAAAGGUUAUGGAAAGUUUAUGUGACUGUAUUCUGCCUUUGACAGAGCAUGGACUGCUUUUGUUGUCCAUACACCAUGCCUGGUCUUUCCACCUGGCCCAGUCUGACUCAGCUUUGCUAAGUCAGAGUUAAUCACACUGUGGGGAAGUCUUCUCAGAACCUGCUGAUGUGAAGUGCUCCUCUAAUCAAGUGCCUUCAGGGUUUGAAAUCUUUGGAUUUUUUUCCCUGUUGUUCAGUCUUUUUGUCAGCUGGCAUUUCCAGGUUGGGCAUAGUAAAACAGAACAAAUAUUUUUGGAGUCUUGCCUUACCCUAGGUUGGACUUUAUCCCUUCUAGACAAAAUGAGAAUCUAUUAUCCCUAUUUGAAAAGAUGAAAAUGCUACUGUUCUGACUGAGUAGUAUUGAUGUAUUUCAAUGAUUUCUUUCUUCUUAAACACACUGCAUACCCCUGUGACAAUCACUGAUACAAGCCAUGGUACUUGAGGGAUGGCCUGGUUAAAGAAGCUGGUAUGGUUGGGAUGUCUCUGAAGAGGUUCAGACUGGAAGGAAAAGGGGAAGUGGUGAGAUCUGAAUGGCAGGAAGGAGAGAUGGCUGUGUUAAAUGAGGACUGUAUUUCACAAGUUUUUCUUUGAGUAGUAUCAUGUUUGUGUCCAAUAUCCUUCUGCCUGUUGCACCAUGCUCACAUUAACAGUGAAGGCUCAACUGCUGCAGUGUUUGCUUACAGAUUUCCCACCAUGCCUCUUCUUUCACCUUUUCUGAAGAAAGAUCUUGUUUUAAAGUAUGUUUACACUGGCUGCUGGAUGAGGUGGAUUUUCACCAGAUUUGGUUAUGCAUAGGUAGUGAACACACAGGUGUCUUAGCUCCAGGUAGCAGGAAGGAGGAAUUGGAGUGUGUGUCACAUCAAAGGGCCACAGCAUAAGGAACAAAAGGAAAUCCUUUAUCCUUGCUAGAAACCUUUGAAUUUUAGAACCAAGAGGGGAUUUUAGGUCUUGUUUAUUUUUUAUUCUCCUUUAUCUUUGGGGAUGUUCACUCUGCUCUGACCGGACCAUAAAACUGGGCUUGUCCCUGUCGCUCCUGGCAUUUCUGUUCAAGCAAGAUGCUGUUGUGUCUAAGGUGCAAGUGCAGUAUGGAUGCAUAUGUGCUAACCUUGCUACCUUCAUUUAAUCUAAAUAUUGAAUGUAUAGAUCCCACUGGUAAUAGACUCUUAAGCUUCUGUUCACGUGGACUAAGCUCCCUGACACUGUCUUCUGCAGCAUACCCUGUCUGCAGUGAGACCGCAGCAAUCAUCUGGAGUUGCAAAGGGUUUCUGAGGCAAGGCUUGGUGUGAAGCUGUCAAUCAGUGGCCACGUAAGGAAGUGAUACAGUAGCAAUGACAGCAGGUAAUGCAAGCAGGACAGAGCUGGCUUCUCAGGUAUGUUUCCCAAGGCCUGUGAACAAGGAGCAGCUGGAGUAUUGGCAGCCUCAGACACAGCAGGAACUUGAGUUUUCCUCUAGGCUGAGCCAAUGGAUUCCUCAAGCAGUCUGCAGAAUAUAGUAUUUCUGUUAUUUUCUUGAUCAUCUCUUCAUAUGCCAGUUAUGCCAACAUAACAUGCAUGUGAAAAGUUUUAUGGAUCUUCCUUAAUCAUGUUAAAGCAGCAAAACUCUGCAGUUACAAAUGCAGUUCCUCAUGCAGCUCAGCUCAGACGCACUUGAGUUGUUUCACCUUGUGCUUUUUUGCCCCACCGUCCUGAGCUCACAAAAUGGCCUCAAGAACAAGGGAGGGGACGGUGACAGAAACCAACUUCUGUGAUAAUUGACACAGAAGGGGGCAAAGGAGCUUGAUCAGUCUCUUAAAAAGCUGGGGAGUAGAGCCCGGAAACUUUUUCCAAAGAUUUGAGUGUGUCGAGGGUUCCUGUGUUGUUCUCACCUCCUCAUGCCCCCAGGAUACUAGGGAAUGGGAGAAAGCACUUGAUACCCUUAGUCACUGGUACCAGCUUUGCUGCCUUCUGCUCGGGGGAUCUUCACUCCUAUCAGCCACAAGCCAGAAUUCUGCCACUGCUCGGAGAUGGAGACUCUGGCUAGCGCAAGGGAGACCUAACCGAAGUGUAUCAGCAAGAGAUUGAAGUGACGUAGGUGCCUUUCUGACAUGCAGCAGGGUUGGUCUAGCCCUAUAUACCACUGAGCAAAGUGGGCAUGCAGCUGCCAAGGGCUGUAGUCUUCAGACCCCCAAAUCCUAUUCUGAGCCAACUCCAAGCCAAUACACUCCUCAAGGUGAUUGUGUAGUGUGUUUUGGGGAAGUUCUUCACCAUGAAUGUAUAAGAAGCACAUUUCUUCAUAGGUGUUACUCAGUUUACUUUAACCACCCCAACAGUAACAUGUGGAGUGGAGAAGGCUUUGUUUAAACUUGUGUUCCACCUUUCCCCACUUCUCAGGUGGACUGAAUCCUAAGCAGCUUAUGAGUGUCAAAAGCUUAUUUAUAGAAACAAGACUUGUUGGCAGUUACUGUCUGCCUGAUAUAGGGAUCACUGUGCCAUAUUAUGGAGCAGGUUGUUUGCUGCAAUGAUCUUGGAUCCAUUUUUGUAAUCAAGCUUUGUCAGUUCUUUCAGCCAAUAAAUGAACUGGUUCCUUCUCCCUCUU